UCAUGUUAUUAGGAGGAAGCAGGUAUUCUGCAAGAUGUGACGAAUCAUACAAGGUUCAUAUAGAAAGUGUGACACGUAUCUCAUGGACACCCCCUAAAACGAGCGCUGCAAAAUGCCUAUUUAUUUCCAAUUUUAGUCAACAUUUACCGAUUUAUGCUUUACUGUGUUGAUGUUUUAAACUUUGUAGUGAAUAAUAGUGCGUGUGUCAUGUCACUCUUUCCCCCGUUUAUGUCGCGUUGCAUCCACCCUCUGCUUCCACGGACGCCAAAGCGUAUAGGGUUGGCUUCGCUACAGUUUUUAAAAGUGUCACCAGAAGUCGACUGAAAUCUGAUCAGGACUAGGAGUGUUUUAAGGCGAUUGCUCGUUUGAACACCAUGUCCGAGUCCGUUGUUCCGCGGGUUGUGCUCCUAUUCUCCGGCAAGCGAAAAUGUGGCAAAGAUUUUCUUACCGAGCGACUGCUACAGAGACUAACCACCGACAAGGCGCAGAUCAUUCGCAUCUCGGAACCUAUCAAACGCAGCUGGGCGGAAAAGCUAGGGCUUGAUCUCGGCGAACUGCUUGGUGAUGGACCGUACAAGGAACGCUACCGCAAGGAGAUGAUCGAGUGGAGUGACCAGAAACGAGCGGAAGAUUUCGGGUUUUUCUGUCGGCAGGCUUGCUUGGCGCUGGCGAAGGAAAUUUGCGUGGUCAGUGAUAUCCGGAGGAAGACGGAUGUGAGAUUUUUCCGGGAGCAGUACGGGCAGCGGAUUAAAACCGUGCGGAUCGUUGCCAGCGAAGCCACUAGAGUGGAACGGGGAUGGGUGUUUCAGGAAGGGGUCGAUGACGUUCAGUCGGAGUGCGAUCUGGACGAUGUAACGGAAUGGGAUCUGUUGGUUCAGAACGAUAGUGGAGCCGAUGUGGAAAAUAUUCUGGCGAGGAUUAUAGCGUUGGUACAGUGACUCAAAUUCGUAUGCGGCACUGUACGCAUAUAGAUGAAAGUAAAUGGAAACAGUUUAUGAUUGUCGAAUAAUAGAUUAGAUCUAUGACUUCCAUUAUUGACAAAGAGUGUUUGUAAUUCGAUACAUCAUUUCUCGCGUUUAGCAUCAUACAGGCGUAUAUGCAGCGAUCGUUACCUGAAGAGAGAUAGAUCAUUGCAGUUACGCCCUUAUGAUACUAAACGCAAGAUUAACCAACUUGAUGUGGAAACACUCCUUUACAUAUGGAAUUUAGGAAGGUGAAUCUCUCGCGGUUGCGGAUUUCGGGUGGCGGCUUUCUUAUGAACAAAUAGUAUUAGAUUUCAGAGAGUAGGACAGUUAGUUUAGAUUAGAUUUAUCUAAAACAUGUAUUUGCUGCAAUGUCAUUAUUCUUAGUGUAUAAAUAAUCAGAGAAAUGAUUGUUACUUC